AUGCCCGCCGACAAUGGGGCAGCGGGCUUCUUGCGGCCAAUGGAGCCAUCUACGGCUGAUCUGAUUCUCCAGAAAAAGUAUGCCGCUGAAACACCCUUCAAAUCCGAUCAGGGAUUGUUGGGCCAACUGUCAAACAAUCCCUUCUUUACGGCGGGAUUUGGUCUAGCUGGUCUUGGUGCUGGCCUGACCCUCGCCCAGAGAGGAAUUCGACAUGGAGCGGCCCUCCUUCGGAGGCGAAUGCUCGUUGAUGUUGAGAUCAGCAUCAAGGACGACUCCUACCCUUGGUUUUUACACUGGAUGACCCUUUACCAGCGAUCUCAGCUUGCCAAAACGCCGCAGAAGCUCGGUUUUGUUGAGUCCUUGCUCCGCAAAAUGACACCAGGCAUGCGCCAUCUAUCCAUCCAAACCGAGAAAGUCGAGUUAGCGAAUGGAGCCCUCCACACGCACUUCUCGCUCAUCCCAGGUCCAGGAAAACACGUGUUACGGUAUAAGAAUGCCUUCAUAUUUGUUAAUCGGGUUCGAGAGGAAAAAUCGAGGGACUUACAGACAGGUCGACCGUGGGAAACUGUGACUUUGACUACUCUGUACUCCCAGCGGAGUAUUUUUGAAGAUCUUUUUCGAGAAGCCCAUGAGUAUGCAGCAAAGUCUCAUGAGGGAAAGACUGUUAUUUACAACUCAUGGGGAACUGAAUGGCGCCAGUUUGGCCAGCCCCGCCGAAAACGGCCUCUGAAUUCCGUCAUAUUGGAAGAAGGUGUCAAGGAACGAGUAGUUGCCGAUGUUAAAGAUUUUCUUGCCAGUGCGUCGUGGUAUCACGAUCGCGGAAUUCCGUAUCGCCGUGGAUACCUCUUGCACGGACCUCCCGGAACCGGCAAAAGUUCAUUUAUUCAGGCUUUAGCUGGUGAGCUAGAUUACGAUAUUGCGAUUCUUAACCUUAGUGAACGAGGACUGACUGAUGAUCGCCUCAAUCAUCUACUCACAAUAAUUCCAUCCCGCACCUUGGUUCUAUUGGAAGACGUGGACGCCGCUUUCUCCACCCGGCGCGUACAGACCGAUACAGAUGGUUAUCGUGGGGCAAAUGUAACCUUUUCAGGUUUGCUAAAUACCAUGGACGGAGUAGCAAGUGCCGAAGAGAGGAUUAUUUUCCUUACGACCAAUCAUGUUGAGAGGCUCGAUGAAGCUCUGGUCCGCCCGGGCCGUGUCGAUAUGACGGUCAGACUCGGCGAGGCUACAAGACACCAGGCUGCGCAGCUCUGGGAACGAUUCUAUGGUGAAUUUGAGAACUGUGAAGCGUACCAGAAGCAGUUUAUUGAGAAACUGACGAGGCUUGGAGUUCUCGAAGACGAAAAUGGUUGUAAAAGGGACCCGCCAAAAGCGACGAGCACUGCAGCCCUGCAAGGUCUAUUUUUGUAUAACAAGAACGAUAUGGCCGGCGCUAUUGCCAUGGCCGAGGGGUUACUAGGCGACGAGCCCCACACUGGCCCAGCAACCGAGUGA